AUGGAGACAGCCCUGGUCACACCAGUCUUACUGCAAAUAGGACUUCCAGAGCAGUACUACAGCCUGACRUGGUUUCUUAGUCCCAUCCUGGGCCUSAUCCUCACCCCUCUCAUUGGCUCAGCCAGCGACCGCUGCACCCUGAAAUGGGGCCGAAGGAGACCCUUCAUCCUGGCACUCUGUGUGGGGGUGUUACUGGGCGUUUCUCUCUUCCUCAAUGGUUCCCUCCUAGGAUUAGCCCUCGGGGACGUUCCCAGCAGGCAGCCCAUUGGGAUAGUGCUGACCGUGCUGGGUGUGGUUCUACUGGACUUCAGUGCAGACGCCUCAGAUGGGCCUAUCAGAGCCUACCUGUUGGAUGUAGCCGACACAGAGGAGCAGGACAUGGCCCUCAACAUACAUGCCUUCUCUGCAGGGCUGGGAGGAGCGGUUGGCUACGUGCUGGGUGGCUUGGACUGGACCAGCACCAUCCUGGGCACGGCCUUCAAGUCCCAGGAGCAGAUCCUGUUUGUGUUUGCUGCCGUCAUCUUCACCAUAUCUGUGAUUCUACACAUGUUCAGUAUCAAGGAGGAGAGUUUUGAGGCUCGUGGUGACACUCCGGGAGAGGGAGACUCCGAUAGCCUGUCCUCCUCAGGGAAACUGAAGGGGGGCUUGGYGGGGCCUCGUAGUAUACCUCAGCUGGAUGUUAUAGGAGAGGAGGACACCCAGUCAGAGAGAGAGCUCUUCAUCAACGUGGACAGGGUGAGGAGUAAGAGCGACUCGGUGCUGGCCAUGCCUGACGCCACCAUCGAGCUGGACUCAGACCUGGACCAGGACGGUCAUUUCUUGGCAGACAUUGAGCCCUCCAUCUUUCAGGACUACCCCCAAGAUUUCUACCCUGGCACYCCUCAGAGACACUACAGUGGAUGGGGCAUCCAGGACCAGGAAGGCCCCCAGCCCGAGGCUCAGGCAGACAGCCAGCUGCCCCUCUUCCACCAGGACCCCUCCCCYUACUACAGCAGGGAKCWYAYGUUGCUCAACAACCAGACCAACCAGGGAGCCAAGUGCCUCAACGGGGCCUCAGCGGCCCCGGCCGUCCCCUCCAACCACACGGCCCGCGGGGCCAACAGCCAGGGCCGUAUGCCAGGCCUGAGGCCGUCCAACACCAGCACCACUGCCGGGGCACGCCGCUUCCCCCACACCUUCUACCGCCAGCCGUCAUUUACAUUCUCUUACUAUGGCCGCGUGGGUUCAACACGAUACCGCCACCGCAGAAACACCAUGGGCAAUCCGGCCGGCGCCAACCUCCGCAUCAAGACCUCGCAGAGCAUGAACGACAUCUACGAGCACAUGCAGCGGCGGCAGCAGAGGAGAGAGCUCCAGCAGAGCAGCACCACACUGUCCAGCAGUGACUCUGAGAGUGACGACGGGGACGAGGRGGGCACCACGGUCAAGCUGCUGUGGCUGUCCAUGCUGAAGAUGCCCCCCCAGCUGCUGAGGCUCUGCGUCUGUCAUCUCCUCACCUGGUUCUCCAUCAUCGCUGAGGCAGUCUUCUACACAGACUUCAUGGGACAGGUCAUCUAUGAUGGAAAACCCACAGCUCCUGCUAACUCCACUGAACUGCAGAACUACCAUAAAGGAGUCCAGAUGGGCUGCUGGGGACUGGUUGUCUAUGCUGCUAGUGCAGUCUGCUCAGCUGUGCUCCAGAAGUACCUGGACAACUACGACCUGAGCAUUAAGGUCAUCUACAUCCUGGGUACUCUGAGCUUCUCUGGGACCGCCGUCAUGGCGAUCUUCUCUAACGUCUACGUUGCCAUGGUGAUGAUCAGCACCAUGGGCAUCAUCUCCAUGAGUAUCUCCUACUGCCCCUACGCUCUGCUGGGCCAGUACACGAGAACAAGCAGUACAUCCACCACAGUCCGGGGAAGUCGCGACGAGGCUUCGGCAUCGACUGUGCCAUACUGUCGUGCCAGGUGUACAUUGCCCAGAUCCUGGUGGCGUCUGCGCUGAGCACGGUGGUGGACGUGGUGGGCAGCGUGCGGGUCAUCCCAAUGAUGGCCUCUGGAGGCUCCUUCCUGGGCUUCCUCACCUCCACCUUCCUGGUCAUCU